UAUCGCAGCCGGUAUUUAGAUCAUAAUUUGAUUGCAAACAAAAACGUGCCAAUUAUACAGAGAUUUCGGAUAAUUCAUACAUGAAUUUUCUUGACCUUAAAACAAAAUAAUUUAUUCAACUAGACAAUGUCGGCAGGCUCAGCGAAUAGCACGAUUGAUCCAGAUGAUGUUAUUAAAAUUUUGGUGGCCAGCGAUGUUCAUCUCGGCUACAACGAGAAAGAUCUAGUUAGAGGAGAAGAUAGUUUCAUUGCGUUCGAAGAAGUAUUACAACAUGCGGUGGUGAACGAUGUGGAUGCGAUUAUCCUGGGGGGUGAUUUGUUUCAUGUUGCUAACCCAUCGACAAAUACUUUGAAUCGGUGCACUCGAUUGCUUAAAACGUACAUGCUUGGUGAUAAGCCUAUCAAACUUGAGUUUCUCAGUGACCAAAACGAGAAUUUUUUUGAGUCACUUAACAAAACAGUCAACUAUGAGGAUCCAAACAUAAAUAUUGCUAUUCCUGUGUUUUCCAUUCAUGGGAAUCAUGACGACCCGAGUGGAUUCGGUCGAAUCAGUUCACUGGAUAUACUGAGCACUAAUGGGUACGUGAACUACUUUGGUAAAUGGACUGAUUUGACCAAGAUCAACAUAAGUCCAAUUCUGUUGAAAAAGGGUGAAACCAAACUGGCACUGUAUGGACUGAGUUAUAUUAGCGAUCCCAGGCUGGCACGGCUUUUCAACGAAGCGAAAGUGUUCUUGGAAAAACCAGAUGAACCUGGGUGGUUUAACAUCAUGGUACUGCAUCAAAACAGAGCAGAUCGGGGGCCAAAGAAUUACCUUCCCGAGAAGUGUUUACCAGAUUUCCUGGAUCUGGUCAUCUGGGGUCACGAGCAUGACUGUCGCAUCGUACCAGAAGAAAAUCCUAUAAAGAAAUUUUUCGUCAGUCAGCCUGGAUCAACGGUGGCCACUUCCCUGGCGGAGGGAGAAUCCAUUGACAAGUGUUGCGGAAUUCUCAGCAUCUGCAAGAGUCAAUUUCGGUUGGAUCCGAUCAAGCUGCAAACGGUGCGGCCUUUCAUAUUUGAAUCUGUUAAUUUGGCGCACGUUUCCCAUGAGCUAGAAUUGGACGAAGGAGAUGUUCAACAAAAGGUACUUUCUUUUGCAGCUGGCAAAGUAAAGGAAAUGAUCGAAAGAGCAAAAGAAAAACUAAGUGAAAAUGACAAACAGCCCAAGUUGCCUCUGAUACGUUUACGAUUGGAAGUAACUGAUGUUGAUCAACAGUUCAAUGCCAUUCGAUUUGGACAGCAGUACAGUGGCAGGGUAGCGAAUCCUCAGGAUAUGAUCACAUUCAAACGAAAAAUCGUCAGGACGAAAGAUGAGAUGAAGCCACUGGACAGAGAAGCACUGAACGAGGCUUAUCAGAAUCAACGAGAGACGGCUGCAAAACGCGCUGAGGAAGUGGUGGAACGUUACUUCAAGGAGGCUAACGAGGAUAAACAACUGGAGAUUUUGUCCACUAGAAGCAUGACUGAGCUAACGAGACGAAUGGUCGAUUACGAGGAUGAUGAUGCUGCUGAAAAUAUUAUCAAAUUCCACGAAAAACUGGCUGGGCAAUUUUUGGAUAAAUGUGCGAUGAACGAGGACAACAUUUAUGAACUUUUGGUUAACUUCCAUACUAAUGAGCACGAAACACACAACGAAAUGUUAAAGAUGCUAGAUUGUCGCAGUUCCAAACGAUCCGAUCCAAACGAUCGGCCUCGAAAGGUUGAUGAUGAUGAUAACAUGGACAAUGAUGACUAUAAACCAAAGAUUUCUCCCGUAAAAACAUCCGCAUCUGCUUCGACUGGUAGCGCGCGGGGUGGCAAAAGCAGUAGAGGUGCGAGAGGGUCUCGUGCCGCCAGUAAUACGAGUACAACAAGUCGAGGUAGAAGUCGCGGAAGAGGUGCCUCCAAUGGUUCUACAGGAAAAAUCGAUUCAUUCCUGACCAGUACUUCGAAACCUGAGAAGCGCACGAGCAGCAGAAACAUUUCAAAGGUUAUGUAUAUCUCGGACGAUGAUGAUGAUUGAAUGAACCUUGUUUCCCACAAUAUUACAUUCCAAGUUCACGUUAACGUCCAAUGAAAUUUUAAUAAACGUGUAUAUAUGUUACA